CUCCGCUACUAUUCUACUCCACUCUACCUACCGCCCCACGCUCCAGUGCUCGCCCGCCCUCCAGACCGCACGCACGCACGGCACGAGCUCGCCGCGAUGUCAUGGUUCGCUCGCUCCAUCGCUGCCACACUUUCAUCUGCCCACUCUGACGACGAUGAAUCCGAGCCCGCCUCCGGCGACAACAGCCCGCCGCGCGCCUCCGACCCCACCAGCGCCGAGACCGGUGAGUCCGAUGAGCAGCCGGACACCCCGAGCCGCGGCGUUAAGGGCGACAUCUCGGAGCUGACCGAGUCCCUCACCCGCCGGUUCUGGGGCGUUGCCUCCUUCCUCGCGCCACCGCCAACUGAAGGAGAGACUGAAGAGGAGGAGGAGGAGACAGCCGCCGCCGCGGAGGUGCCUCAGUCCCCACGGAUCGACGGGAUCCGGAGUGACCUGGCGGAGAUCGGGGGCAGGGUGAAGACCGGCAUCUCGAUGCUGUCGAACGCCGGCGCGGUGGCGGAGAUCUCCAGGUUCGCGUCAUCGUUCCUGCCAUUCGGUCCCGGGGAUCAGGGGGAGGAGGAAGAGGGCGAGGCGGUCGGUGUGACCGAGGAGGUAGUGGUGUUCGUCGGUAACAUCUCAAAGCAUCCGAAGACAUGGCUCGAUUUCCCCUUGUUUGUUGAUGACCGACACGCAGAUGAUUUUGAACUAUCAGAUGAACAGUAUGGACAUGCAGUUGCUAUAGAGCGGCUUGUACCAAGCCUAUCAUACCUCAGGACUGAGCUUUGCUCUACCAAUAUGAGUGAAGCGUGCUUCUGGAAGAUAUAUUUUGUGCUUCUCCAUUCGAAACUCAGCAAGCAAGAUGCUGAAAUUCUUUCAACACCACAAAUCCUGGAAGCAAGAGAAGGACUACUGCAAAGUUCACCGACAAAGCACAAGCUGUUAUCAGAAAGCAGGAAUACUACAGAACCUGAAGAGAGUGAGUUGUCACCGGCAAGCAUCCAAAACAAGCAUGGAGUAUCUGAAGCGCCGUCAUUCCAAGAACUAACUUCUGACCCUGUGCCUAAUGUUGAGGCUGACAAGCAUCCUAUCUCAAGUACUGAGGCAGAAAUAGUUGACAAGUCUGUAAUUCAAGAAGAGUUGGUGAUGAAAACUGAGGCCAAGAGUUUACCCACUGAGGAAUCUAACCCUGACCCUGCGGAUGAUGAUGAUGAAAAAGAAGUAGAUGAUUGGCUACAGGAUGUCGACUCUGUGCCCAGCAAAACUGGCAACAAUACUGCAGUUGGGGAGGAGGAAGAUGUAUCCUUCAGUGAUCUAGAGGAUGACUGAGGGGCUGUUAUUGAGCCAACCAGCUAUCAGUUUACUGUUAGACGGUAGCUUCAUGAAGUGAAGAACACUUGCUCUGUGGCUUUACCACUUCACUGCCUGGUUCUUCCGAUUGCAGUAGCAGAAUCACGUAACAAUGUCCCUCGGUGUGUCCCAAUUCCAUGUUGUAUCUAAGCAGUCACCGUUUUCUCUGUACAUAAAGUUCCAGAUGCGGCUGUGCAUUCAUGCUAUAUCGUUGUCCUUACGAGCUGCUUUUUGAAACACGAGAUUCUGAAUGUAAUAUAUUAGAAUCAUCUAUAAGCUGUCGGAUAUCAUGUAUCUCUUACAUGUUGAUAUCUUCAGAGUUCCAUUUUUUUUCA